AUGACAAACAAGGUCAACAUGGAGGAGAUAAUCGCCCACAACAUGAAGGUCGCCAGGUCUGAUGACCCAUAUGAUUUGAGCGUUCUCCGUAUGCACCUACGCACGACAAAAGAUUUACAAGAAGCUUGGCCGGUGCUAAAAUCUGCUUUAGAAGAGUAUGGCAUUUCAUGUGCAUUGGAUGUGGAUGCUCUUCCUUCGCCGCCUCCCAAGUGGAUUAACAAAGAAUCAACUGCAAACGGUGGGUUAUAUAAUAGGCAACAGGAAACUGGAUUUGGUGGAGCAUAUGAGCAGCCGCCAGUCAAGAAGGUGUAUCAGGUUAAGACUCGUGCUCCCCAGGAUAUGUCGGAUGCUAGAGACCAGACUGGGAGGGAGGGCACUAAGACUAGCUUCACGAGUGUAUAUGUAGCACAUGGCAACAAGAGGUUGACACUGUGGUUCGAUGCUAAAGUGAUUCGGCUUGCCCGAUUUGCGCAGCCAGUAGCACGGGAACCACAGAAGGAUGGUUUGUUACAUUAA